GCUGGGUCUCCGUGUGUUGGUUUUGGCGCGCUGUGGUCAGUCUGCAGACGGAGCUCGGUGAGGGAGGACUUGCCACACAUUACAGUCAACGUUACUGCCAACAUACACCACUCGUCACGGUAAGUACACGGCGGCAUUAACCUCCUCUCUCUCUCCGCCGAGCGCGAUACCGGCCCGGACUGUGACUGGGCUCUGUCCUACUGACCGAGUAUGACACAGCUUAACCCAUAGGGAAUUAUCAGCUACUGCAUCCAUUGCAAAACUGGGACUAAGCUGUGUAAAUAUUAUAUUAUACCCCCCAUAUUACUCUCUGCAAAGAGCACCCUGGGGGGUUGGUAGUUUGGGGACUGUGAGGGCCCCCUGGGGGGUUGGUAGUUUGGGGACUGUGAGGGCCCCCUGGGGGGUUGGUAGUUUGGGGGCUGUGAGGGCCCCCUGGGGGGUUGGUAGUUUGGGGGCUGUGAGGGCCCCCUGGGGGGUUGGUAGUUUGGUGACUGUGAGGGCCCCCUGGGGGGGUUGGUAGUUUGGGGGCUGUGAGGGCGCCCUGGGGGGUUGGUAGUUUGGGCUGUGAGGGCCCCUUGGUAGGGGGGCUGUGAGGGCCCCCUGGGGGGUUGGUAGUUUGGGGACUGUGAGGGCCCCCUGGGGGGUCGGUAGUUUGGGGACUGUGGGGGCGCCCUGGGGGGUCGGUAGUUUGGGGACUGUGAGGGCGCCCUGGGGGGUCGGUAGUUUGGUGACUGUGAGGGCCCCCUGGGGGGUUGGUAGUUUGGGGGCUGUGAGGGCCCCCUGGGGGUUGGUAGUUUGGGGGCUGUGAGGGCCCCCUGGGGGGGGUAGUUUGGUGACUGUGAGGGCCCCCUGGGGGGGUUGGUAGUUUGGGGGCUGUGAGGGCGCCCUGGGGGGUUGGUAGUUUGGGGACUGUGAGGGCCCCCUGGGGGGUUGGUAGUUUGGGGACUGUGAGGGCCCCCUGGGGGGUUGGUAGUUUGGGGGCUGUGAGGGCCCCCUGGGGGGUUGGUAGUUUGGGGGCUGUGAGGGCCCCCUGGGGGGUUGGUAGUUUGGGGGCUGUGAGGGCCCCCUGGGGGGUUGGUAGUUUGGGGGCUGUGAGGGCGCCCUGGGGGGUUGGUAGUUUGGGGGCUGUGAGGGCGCCCUGGGGGGUUGGUAGUUUGGGGGCUGUGAGGGCCCCCUGGGGGGUUGGUAGUUUGGGGGCUGUGAGGGCCCCCUGGGGGGUUGGUAGUUUGGGGGCUGUGAGGGCCCCCUGGGGGGUUGGUAGUUUGGGGACUGUUACUUCCUGUGGAGUGCUAAAGGUGCUCUAAGUGCGGGUCUUGCAUAGAGAAUUAACCCUGCUUUGUGUAACUAACAGUCUGAUCGAGUCUGCAAAAUAUGCUAGAUGUCUACUGAAAGACCAUUAUCUAGUGAUGCAGUGUUUCUCAAUCCAGUCGUCACGGCCCUGCAACAGUCCAGGUUUUGUCAGUAUCUCCAUUGGAAUAGAUAGGGGAAACAUACAUUCUGGAUUGUUGGUGGGCAAUGAGAACUGGUUUGGGAGCCACUGUAUUAAUGAGUAUAACACUAUUUAUGGAUGUUUUAUACAAGGUUAGGUAUGUUGUGUGUGUGUAUGCUUGUAUAUUACACACUCCCAAAAAAAAAAUCUACAUUCAGUUUUAUACUUGAUUCUCACAUCCAAACCAGGUUUUUGUGAACAAUUUCCACCCCCUACUGUUUAAAAUGCAAUGUAACUUUAUUAAAUAUAUUGGUGACCACUAAAAAAAAUGUCUCUAUCUCAGAUGUUUUUUUUAUUAGAAAGUCCCAUUAUUCUGAGACUGUUGGAUUGCGUUUUGAUCCACAUCUGACUGUAAUGUUUGUGUGUUGGUAUAUAUGUAAAUAAGCCAUCUUAAAAACUAAUGGCUUUUGGAUUUUAAUACAAGGGUGAGUUGAUUUAAUUCCUUUCAUGGGUGAUGCGGUUUCUGCUGACCAGCAAAGAAAGAUCACGUGUAUAUGUAAUGCAACAUUUAUAUUACAUCCCCAUUUAUAUACACACACAUACCCUCUCCCUAUCCUAAAAGCUCAAUAAUUAUUUUUUUUAAUUGCUGAGAACACAGCUCUUCGUGAUGGCUUCUUUCAGUAACUUUAUUUUGCGAACGUAAUUCAAGUAAAACAGUUUUUGUGGCUAUUUCAGCAUGGUAGUGUCGACCUUCCCAAUGGAAGUGAAUUGGUUAAUGUCAUGUAGACUGGUUUUUAUCUCUCUUGAUUAAAUUCAUUAACCUGCAUCCUGCCUGCCUGUCUUGUUCAUUAGGUUACAACUGCUCCCCAUUGAUGAUUUAAUCUUGAGCUUCCCUGCAGCUCAUUAGUGUUAAUAGGAUGGUUGGGCUCAUUAGUGUACUCUGUGAGCUUGAGGCUUGUCUUAGCACAACAGAGGAAUGUUGGUGUUCUGCAUGUCUGUGAAAGUGUCCCUGUCUCUCCCCCCUCCUCCCCCCCAAAAUAAGUGUACACUAUUUUAGAACACAGAUUUGUCACAUUUGAGAUGUGCAUCGGUAUAGUUAUGAUCUUUUUGGGGUUUUAGAUCGUAUCAAAUUGACAACUGCUGAUCUGUCAAGUGCUUCUCAGUUUGGUUUUUCUAAACAAAUGCCAGAAGGAAAAGCCCUUUCCACCUACAUACCCUGAUAUCCGUUUGAAUAAGAAAGAUGCCCUCCAAAUACACUGUUAAAUGUUUUAGUUCUAUAACAUUAUCUGAUUCAUGGUGAAAAGUAACCCUGUGUAAUUAGCUAUUCAAUUGGCUCUGUUACUUAUGAGUAUUUUAUAGAGUUGUAAUCUAUAUGAAAUACUGACACUGACUACAUUGAAUUUUUAAUCCAAUUCCAAAUGGCAACAGCCUUGAGGAACGGCUUUGGCUAAGUAUGACUACCUUCCUCUGCACCUUGCGGCUGCCACACUUCAAGCAGAAAUGUCCUUAUACACAAGCACACACUGAUCAGACACAAGAUUAAAACCUAAUAUUGUGUCUAUCUGUUGUGCUGCCAAAACAGCUCUGAUGUAUCGCAGCAUGGACUCCACAAGAACUGGCACCAAGACACUAGCAGCAGAUCCUUUAAGUCUUGCAAGGUGGGACCUCCAUGAAUCAGAUUUGUUCCCGCACAACCCACAGAUGCUAAAUUUGAUUAAGAUCUGGGGAAUUGUGAGGUCAAAUCAACACCUUGAACUUUGUCAUGUUCCUCAAACCAUUUCUGAACAGUUUUUUUUUUUUGUGUGUAUUAUCCUGCAGAAAGGUCAUUGCCAUCAAGGGGUAGACCUAGUCUGCAACAAUCUCUAGUUAGGUGGUACAUAUCAAAGUAGCAUCCACAUGAAUGCCAGGAGCCAAGGUUUCCUAGCAGCACAUUGCCCAGAGCAUAACACUGCCUUCCUAGAUCAGACAACAUUGUUUCAUUGCUCCAUGGUCCAGUUCUGACACGUCCUCACUGAAGGCACUUUUGGCGGUUGACAUGGGUCAUCAUGGGCACUCUGACCAGCCUGCAGCUAUGCAGCACCAUACACCAAAAACUCUGCACUGUGUGUUCUGACACAUUUUUGGCAUGGCCUGCAUUGUUUUUCAUACAUUUGAGCUACAAGACCAUUUGGGUUGAUCCUUGCUCCCGUGUGUAUUGGUGAACCAUGGGUGUCCAUGACCCUGACGCUAGUUCUUUGGCUGACUGUUCACUUGCUGUCUGAUAUAUCCCACCCCUUGACAGCAAUAUAUAAUCAGUGUUCUCCACUUUGCGCCUCAGUGGUUUUAAUUACUAUAUCUCACUCUUUUUUUUUUAUUUUUUAUUUUUUAUUGAAGUGCUACAAAGUAUUUUGUUUUUGAGAAGAUUAAUAAUGAAUGUUUCAGGUAGCGAAGUAGAAUGUGUAAGUACAUAAAGUAUGCUGUCACUGCUAAAAAAAAGUCCUCAGACUUGACGUUCUAUCAACAGCCAAUUUCUCAAUCUAUUCGCCCUUGUUUAUUUUGAACAUGAAGUGCCUGCGUGUGCACAAGGAUACUACAUGCAAUUUUUUAUAUAUCUAUAUCAAUAUAGAUAUAGAAAUAAGAUGUAUAAUAUAUUCAAUAAUAACUUGCAUACACGGAUGUUGUACUGUUCUGUGUAAUAUGUCUUCUGCGCUGUCAUUACCAAACCAGGAGAUGGCAGAGUUCUCUAACCUACUACUAAUAAUGCUUUAAACUCCUAUGAAAGCUCCAAAUUUCUAAUAAGCAGCUAUGAAAAAUAGUGACUCUAAAAUAAAAAAAACUGAGCUUUCUCCAAGUAACUGUAAUAAAACUCUCUAGAGUGAGAAAUAUUUGCAGAGGGGGGAAAAAAGCAUGUGAGAUUCUGCCAAUAUAUAAUGUGAAUGCUUAAAUUUAAACUGUUUCUAAUAUAACCAUUGUUUAUCCCUUUUUCAUCUGUAUUUACUGCAUAGCUUAAAGGGACACUCCAUUUAAAAAAUGGUGGUUGGGGGAGGGUGUGAAAUGGUCCUUUAAUCAUCCUAGUAAUUUUAAUAAGUUGAGGUAGUCAUGAGUUUAACAUUGUUUUAUCAAGAAAGAAGUCAAGAAAUUUUUUCUGUUUUUGUAUGUUGCAUUUCACAGCCAUGCCAAGCACCAGGUCAAAGACUCAAACCUGUAUUGAGUACCCAAAGAAGAAGAAUGCGAGGUCACAAACCCGGGAUAAGGCACAAGGGAAGGGCAUUGUGGACCCUGGAAGCUUUGUGGGAAAUUGUAUUUCUCCUGUCUCAAAGGCCCUUCCCUUGAGUCCCAGAAAGAGGCUUGGUAAGGAUUUCUCCCCUUUCUAUUGCAUCAUAAUUUUUAAAUGGUUUAUAUAUUUAUUUAUAAAGUGGAAUCCACUACAAAUGUUGAACACCACACAGUAGGGACCAUAAUAUGUUUUUACAUUACAAUAAGAUGUGUGCAUAGAGAAAUGCAGAAUAUAAAUUACAAUAUAACCAGAUUUUCUACUUUAUAAGUAAACAAUAGCAAUAGAAUAAAGUGGCAUAAACCAUUUAAAGACAUGGAUAUUGUGUUUUCUGAUGGCGAAAAAUAUAAAUUGGGUAAAUGGCAUAUAGCAACUAACACUAUAUUACGUUUAAAAUAAUUUUAAUCUCUAACAUCUCUUCGCAGGUGAAGAUAAUCUUUGCAACAUCCGUCCUCUAUCUCACUGCUCUCCUCCCAAGUUAAGUCGCAAUGAGAAUGGGAUAGCUAGUCCUGCCAAAGGGAGACGUUUGCUGUUUAAUGAAAACCAAGCUUUAGAAGCACAUACUUCUCCUUUGAAGGAGCAAAAUUCCAAAAUCUCUUCUCCUCUUAGAAGGGAACAAGAAACACCAACCAAUGCAAAUCACCGUAACCUGCAAGAGCGCAAGAGUGUGUGCACGAGACUUUUUAAGCAAGAGGGUAAGUGACACUAAUCUUUUUGGGGAUGUAUCUAAGAAACAUUUUAGUAAAGUUUGUCAACUUGUCCGUACCGGGUGUGACCGGAUUCUCCUACUCCCCAGUGCUCCGCCUUCAUUGCAUGAGUACAUACUGCAUGUUCACGCCAAUCAAUAUUUGGGUAAAGGGAACGUCUCCAGAGGGUGUAGGCUUAUUGUUGGAUUUCGUUUUUGUAAACUGCUUGAAAAUGGUAGGUUCACAACUGAGUGGAGGGAAAGCUGAACUGAAUAUUUAACUUCCUGUGCAGGCUCUUGUUACCAGCAAGCCAAACAUGCUCUGAACACAGCGUUACCAGAGCGUCUCCUGGCCAGAGAGAAAGAGACAACCAUCAUUCAGAACUUCUUGAAGAAACAUGUGUCGUGUGGGAAGCCUGGGAGUUUGUACAUUUCUGGAGCUCCAGGAACUGGCAAAACAGCCUGCCUAAACAAACUGCUGCAAGAGAACCAGGUACAAUGUAAUCCACACUCCAAAGUGGGAGCUAGCACACGUUGGGAAAAUUUUAUAAUAGUUGUUUUCAUUAAUGACAGUGAAUGUAAAAAUGUGGUAAAAUUUGGGCAGACUACAUGGGCCGAAUGGUUCUUAUCUGCCGUCACAUUCUGUUUCUAUGGAUUUAGGACUGACAGAAUAUUAUCUGCUUUUACUGUCUGAACAAAUCCUGAAACUUGACAUGGGAUGGGGUUGCUCUUUUGGCUGGCUAAAUUAGUGUUAUAUGAUGCACUGUUGCAGUCCGUAGAAAGGCUUCAAGGGUUGUUUUGUGCUGUAUUACUUAAUGUAACCUGCACCAGACCUCACCUUGAUACAUUGCAGCAGAUGCACAAUAUUUGCAAUGCUAUGCAUUUAUGUAUGCUGUAUUGGAAAUUGUGGAAGGACCUUAGUGUGUCUAUUUAAGCAGCCCGUUGAAGAUCUGUGCUUACAAAAUUUGCAAUAACACUUUUGUCUCAUGUUUAUUUGUUAGGCUUGUCACCCUACAUGUAAAAUGACUCUAUUUAUUUUAUUGGGGUGAGAUGGGGCAUAUUGUUAUGACAAAUAACUUAUGUAUGUUUUUGCACUUUUAAAAAAUAUAUAUUUUUACAAUUUUACCUCUAAUGCAUUCUGCUUUUUCUGUCCAUUUUCCAGGAUUUAAAACACUGCAAGACUGUGUACAUCAACUGCAUGUCCCUGCACAGCUCCCAGGCAGUCUUUCCAGCUAUAGCAGAAGAAAUUUCAGGAGAAGCGAAAAAUUCUACAGGAAAGGAAAUCAGAAAUCUAGAAAAGCUGGUGACCUCAAAGGGACCCAUCAUGUAUGUACAUAUUCAGAAUUUCCUUUGCAAACUUUAUUUAAAUUUGUGCAAAAAUAGCAUAUUGUGCUAUGUAAAUCAGAGCUUUAACUUUUCAGACAUCUAUAUAGCUGAGGGCAUAAAGAUAUUAAUAGGAAUCAGAAUGCAGUGCAAUAGGGAGUUGGAAUAUGCAUUAUGCUUGUUAGAUUCCUGCUUGGCUUUCGUAUGAAAUUUUUUUUCUGAUUAUUUUUUUUGCUGCUUUUCCCUUCAUGUAGUGUCCUUGUGUUGGAUGAGAUGGAUCAGCUGGACAGCAAAGGUCAAGAUGUUCUCUAUACCGUGUUUGAGUGGCCAUGGCUUCCUAACUCUAGGAUGGUCUUGAUUGGUAGGUACAACAGACUCAGAUUAUUCUACCCUUGUUGCAGUCUAUUUUGUCUAUGGUCUGUCUGAGCGGAGAGUAAUAAGCUGCGUGGUAUGCGGGUUGAUUUUUGUGACUUUGUAGGGUUUAUUGUAUCUUAGUGUCCUCAUGUUCUAGACCGCUAACAGGGCAUUUAUGUGCCUUGACGUGAAAGGUGUAAGCAUCAAGGACAUAGAACGUAAAACGCCCCCUAAUUACCUUUACUUUCCUUCAGUUUUUACACUCAAAGCCUUCGUAUACUUAUGGAGACUUCUGUUCUUCUCUUUGAAAUGUUUUAUGAUUUGCCAACAAAUUUUAUUUGGCUCCCUAUUAACUCUAUUUUGGCCUAAUUUGGGGUCUUAUGUACUGCUACAGGUGUUUUCUGGGUUUUAUAUUGCACAACGGUAAUGGGGCAGGGUUCGCUCCAAACUUAAUGUCCAGUUGGACAUGAUGGUUACAUGUCCAGUUGUGAAGAUGCUUACCAAACGUGUGAGAAUUAAUAUGAAGGAAAAUAACUUCUGGUAAAUUGUUUUCUGUAUAGGCAUUGCAAAUGCUCUGGAUUUAACAGACAGAAUCCUGCCAAGGCUUCAGGCCCAUCCUCACUGCAGGCCCCAGUUGUUGAAUUUUUCCCCAUAUACCAAGGACCAGAUUGCUACAAUCCUGCAGGACAGACUGGCACAGGUAAGGAAUCCCCUUCCAUUCAAAUCUUUCCCCACACCUUGCUUAGUGAGCUUCUGUGGCUAGUUUCAAGGAACAGAUGACAAAAUUAUUGCAGAUGUCCUCACCUACCUUAUUUCUGUUUGCAGGUCUCAGGUGAUCAAGUUCUUGAUAAUGCAGCAAUUCAGUUUUGUGCUCGAAAAGUGUCAGCUGUUUCUGGAGAUGCCCGCAAGGCACUGGAUAUCUGCAGGUGAUUACUGAUGUCACACAUUGCUUUGAAGUCUUAAAUAAAAUGCAUUUUUAUUUAUCACAAAAGUUUCAAGUGUAGGAACACUGAUACAAAGCCACUGGUGUAAGGGGAAUGCAUCGGACAACUUGCAACCUCACACACUCCUAUUUAUUUUGCAUAGGUUCCCAUUGAAUUGAUGUAGCACUAUACCUAGCCAUAUUUCUACAGCUGUACAAUUCAUAGUUUCUAAAAUGAUUUCUCUGUAGCUCAUGCUUGUGACAUGCAAGCUAGCGUACUCUAGAGUUUGUAAUCUAGAAAACAAACAACAAAGUUUGUUCUAGAGCUGCAUGGUUGGCAUUUAGUGGUGCCGCAAUGGUUCUCCCUUUUAAUUUAUGGAGUGUUACACUAUUGCCAUGUGGGAUACAUGCAGAUUUAGAAUAGAAAAGGGGUGUAAUGUCAUCUUCAAUUAAAAUCAGAGUGCCACUAAUGUACCUGAUAUUUAUACAUUUCUAUUUGGUUUUUCCACACUUGUAGGAGAGCAGUAGAAAUUGUGGAAUCGGAUGUGAGGAGCCAGACCGUCCUGAAGCCUCUGUCUGAAUGUAAGAACAUGGUUAUCUCCAUAUUUUAGCUCUUAGUUUUUUCUUUUUACCCCUCUGGAGAAAUAAGAGGAAUUGUUUUUGGUGGUUUUUUUUUUUUCCCUCUUCUUGUUCUGGGAUAGGAUUUUGUGUGGGUUUAUUUUCCCCUAGUUUCUGACUUUUCUCUGGCCUAUAGUGCACACUCCUUUCACAAAUAUUUUGUAAGUUUUAAAAAGAUCUAUAUCAAUUGGGGUGAUAUUAGUUGUUUUAGUCCUAAUUCAUUUUCUAAGCUGCUUGAAACUUAUUUUAAAGAAUACCUAUUCAUAUUAUCGUGUUAUCCAAAUUGUCAUUAUACAGCGAUACAUGGUUUUUCAUACAUAAUGUGAGUCUUGCAAGUAGCAUGCAGACUUGCUUGAGCUUGGAAAAUAUGGAAGCGCCUAAUCUGACUUCAUACCUUUUUGCUUAUAGCUCUUUGUGUUUAAUUUGGCUGAUAUCGGCUAUUUAGGAGAAUGAAAGGACCAUUCUGCAUAUGCAGCCCUAUGAGUUUAAUCUUUGGUUAUUUGACAACUUAUAACAGGAUACCUUUUGGCAAUGAGACUUUUAUUUUUGCUAAAAUUAUAACCAUUGCUUUUGUAUUCUAAGUUACUGUUGGAUGGGAAGCAAUUGUUUACUAAAAGCACUACAGUGGUUUUAUUAACCCCUUAAAACCGGAGGACGUACAAUUACGCCCUCUAAUAGGCGGCUCUAAACGCCGCCGGGCGUAAUUGUACGCCCUCCGGUUUUUGUUAACUUACCCGGUCGCCGGCGGUCCCACGCCGGCGAUCGCGGUUGGGGGGACUCCCAGGGAGCCCCCACGCGGCACUCGUCCAUCCUCGUCGAAGGGCCAUGUGAGAGUGGGGUCCUAGCGAGGACCCCACAAUCACAUGGCCGGGGAUAGCUGGCUUCUGUAUUGCCGGCAGGGGGGCUGCCUGUAAUGACAGGUGGUCCCCCUGCUGGCUGAAAAUAAAAUAAAAAUAAGUUAAUGGUGUAAAAAAAAAUAAUUAUAUAUACUUAGAUCAUAUAUAUAUAUUAUAUAUAUAUGAUAUAUAUAUAUAUAUAUAUAUAUAUAUAUUUUAUAAUAUAUAUAUAAUAUAUACAUACACACACAUACAUAUACAUACACCGUCUAGGUGUAUUUUACUAUUAAUAUAUAUAUAAUUAUAUAUAUUAAUAUCAAAUUACACGUAGACUGAUACUGAUUAAAUAUAUAUAUAAUUAUUGUUAUAUAUAUAUUUAUAUAUAAUAUAAAAAAAAUAAAAAUGUAAAUACGUUAAAAAAUAAAAUUAAAAAAAUAAUUAAAAAUAAAUAAUUAAAAAAUAUAUUUAGAUGUGUGUUAUUUCGUUCUAACUGUUUUGUGAAAUUAAUAUAUAUAUAUCAAAAUACACGUAGAACGAAAUAAUAUAUAUCUAUAUACAUAAAUAUAUACGUAUAUAUCACUAUAUAUACCUAUAUAUAAAUAAAAAUAUUUUAAAAAAAAUUAUAUAGAUAUAUACAUAUAUAUACACAUAUACAUAUAUAAAACAAGAGGGGGUUGGCUGCACUCACCUUAACAUGCAUAAAUGGGGGUGCUGCUGGGGGCCAAAUAAUACAAUACACAAGAUCCAGCGCACUCACCUAUCCACUAAACAGCAACUUCAAAGUUGAAAGAUUUUAUUAGUGUUUUUUUAAAAACACCUAAUCUAGGCAAAAAUAAUGGGGGUUUAGUUACAUUAUAUGAUCAUACAUUGCAUAAGCCUGCCACAACGUCAAUGUACCCCAUCUUUGGCAGGUCCUACACUAACAGCCUAAUGUCUGCUCUUAUGAGAUUAACCUACUUGGGGAAAAAAAUUUCAUCUGGGGCUCUCUGCAGUACAAGGCUAAAUAGGGCCCUGGGAUGAGGCACCUGUGACAGGGAGGGGUGCAAAACCAAGGAGUUGGCUAGACUCCCAAAUAUAUAUAAAACAAGAGGGGGUUGGCUGCACUCACCUUAACAUGCAUAAAUGGGGGUGCUGCUGGGGGCCAAAUAAUACAAUACACAAGAUCCAGCGCACUCACCUAUCCACUAAACAGCAACUUCAAAGUUGAAAGAUUUUACAUAUACAUAUAUUAAUUCUACAUAUAUAUUUAUGUAAUAUUUUUACAUAAUUAGGUAUCUUAAUUAAUUACAAUUAGCAGGACCUGCCUGACAACCUAUGCCAAAAGUAAAGGGAAUUUAAUUUGCUAGCACUAUAUUUAACCCUAUAACUUUCCAAGACACCAUAAAACCUGUACAUGGGGGUACUGUUCUACUCGGGAGACUUCGCUGAACACAAAUAUUAGUGUUUCAAAACAGUAAAAUGUAUUACAACGAUGAUAUCGCCAGUAAAAGUGAAGUUUUUUGCAUUUUUCACGCACAAACAGCACUUACACGGACAUAUUAUUGCUGUGAUACUUUUUACUGUUUUGAAACACAAAUAUUUGUGUUCAGCGAAGUCUCCCGAGUACAACAGUACCCCUCAUGUACAGGUUUUAUGGUGUUUUCAAAAGUUACAGCGUCAAAUAUAAGGCUUGCGUUUCAUUUUUUUCACAUUAAAAUUCGCCAGAUUGGUUACGUUGCCUUUGAGACCCUAUGGUAGCCCAAGAAUGAAAAUUACCCCUAUGAUGGCAUACCAUUUGCAAUAGUAGACAACCCAAGGUAUUGCAAACAGGGUAUGUCCAGUCUUUUUUAGUAGCCACUUAGUCACAAACACUGGCCAAAAUUGGCAUUUUUUGCAUUUUUCACACAAACAGAUACUAACGCUAACUUUGGCCAGUGUUUGUGACCAAAUGGCUACUAAAAAAGACUGGACAUACCCCAUUUGCAAUACCUUGGGUUGUCUACUAUUGCAAAUGGUAUGCUAUUAUGGGUGUAAAUUUCAUUCCUGGGCUACUAUACAGUCUCAAAGGCAACGUAACCAAUCUGGCGAAUUUCAAUUUCAAAUGUAAUGUGCUAUAUUUGACCCUGUAACUUCCCAAAACGCCAUAAAACCUGUACAUAGGGGGUACUGUCUUACACGUGAGACUUUACUGAAUAUAAAUAUGUGUAUUUUAUUGCAGUAAAAGCAAACAGUAUUAUGACAUUGACCGUUAAAAUGUCAUGUAGAACUAAAAAAAUCCAAAAAACGUAUUUUCUCCCAUUUUUUUCAUAUUAAAUUAUGUUUCAUAGCUAAAUAUUUGAUAUUAAAUGAAAGCCCUGUUUCCCCUGAAUAAAAUGAUAUAUAAUAAGGGUGGGUGCAUUUACUAUGAAAGAGGUGUAUUACGGUUGGACAGACAUGUAGCGCAAAUGCCAGGUUUUGUUUACAUUUUGUUUUGUUCACAAUGUGUACAUUUGGCUCCGUCCUUAAGGGGUUAAGUUUAGCAUUGCAUAAUUUUCAUUUUUUACAAAUAUUCGAAACUACUUUGUGUAAAUAUUGACUAAUGAUAUCUGGUUAAUGCAAUUGUUUCCAAUGUGUAUUAAACUUCUUCCUGUUUCUUUUACUUGCUCUCCCAGGCCUGUCCCCUAAAAAAGCUAUGUGUCCUGUCCCAAAGAAGGUCAGCUUGCCCCACAUCUCCCGUGUUAUUUCAGAUGUAUAUGGUGACAAAAUGGUUGCUAAUGGGGGAUCAGCUGAAACAUUUCCACUGCAACAGAAACUGGUAGUGUGUGCGCUUCUGCUAAUGACACAACAUAGCAAGAUUAAAGAGGUUACUCUGGGCAAGGUAUGUUGGAUUCUGUCUGAACACGGCACUCAUUAAAGUAGAAUAGGUUUAUUUAAACAGCCAAGCCACUGACCCUAACCUAAUUAUUUUUUUUUCCAUUUUAUAGCUGCACGAGGCUUAUAGUAAGGUGUGUCGCAAGCAACAAAUGCCAGCAGUGGGCCAAUCUGAAUGCCUGUCCCUUUGCCAACUCCUGGAAACUAGAGGAAUUUUGGGUCUAAAGAAAGCCAAAGAGACGCGACUUACAAAGGUAUUAUAAACUUUUUUUUUGCUUGAGGUGAUAUCAGUUUGUUAUAAUGUUGAUCAGCACUUAUCCACGCACUCUGUAACCAUAUUGUUUAACUCCCUUCAGUACCAAUGACUGUUCAGGAACGUCAUCUGAAACCUCCCCUUGAGGACCGAUGACAGUCCUAAACAGUCAUAACGGAAAUAUGGGUAGGGGGGGGAGGGGGUACUGUUUUACUCAGACUUUGCUGAACACAUUUGUUUCGAAUCAGUAAAACCUAUCACAACGAUGAAAGUGAACGUGAUGGUUUUGCAUUUUUCACACACAAAUGGCACUUUCACUGAUAUCAUUGUGAUACGGUUUACUGUUUUGAAACACUAAUAUUUGUAUUCAGCCAAGUCUCCAAAGUAUAACAGUACUCCCCAUGUACAGGUUUUUUGUUUUUUUUUCCAUUGAAAUUUGCCAGAUUGGUUGUUUCCUUUUGAGACCAUAUGGUAGCCCAGAAAUGAGAAUUACCCCCAUGGCAUCCCAUUUGCAAAAGACAACACAAGGUAAUGCAAAUGGGGUAUGUUCAGUCUUGUUUAGUAGCCACCUAGUCAAACACUGGCCAAAGUUAGCGUUUAAUUGUUUUUUGUUUUUUUUAAACAAACAAAUAUAAAUGCUAACUUUGGCCAGUGUUUGUGACUAAGUGGCUACUAAAAAAGACUGGACAUACCCCAUAUUGAAUACCCUUGGUUAUCUACUUCAAAAAAUAUGUACAUGUGAGGUGUGAUUCAGAGAUUUAUGACAGAUAACAGUGUUACAAUGUCACUAUUGAUAAAUUUUAAAAAUCUAUAUUUUGAAACUGCAAUUAUUUGGCCCUAUAACUUGCAAAAAAGCAUGUUAACAAUGGGUGUUUUUAAACCCAGGAUAAAUUUUUGAAUCUAUUUAGCAGUUUUUUUCAUUAGCUUUUGUAGAUGAGAGAUUUUUUUCAAGUAAAAGUCAAACUUUUUUACUCUUCAAUAUUUCACCAUAUUAAAAAAAAAUUAAAUGUUUUUUAAAGUAAAUUAGAUGACAUGAUACAAAAAAUAGUAUGUAAAGAAAGCCCUUCUUGUCCUGAAAAAAGAAAUAUAAUGUGUAUGGGAACCGUAAAAGAGCGGAAAAUUACAGCUAAACACAAACACCACAAAAGUGGUAAAACAGCCCUGGUCCUUAACGUACAUCAUGGCCAAAACAGUCCGGUCCUCAUGGGGUUAAACUCUUCUCAAUACUGAGUAACUUUUUGUUUCUUUAUGCAGGUAUCUCUGAAGAUCGAGGAGAAAGAUGUUGAGCACGCAUUCAAAGAUAAAGCCUUAAUCGGAAAUGUUUUACAUGCAGGUCUUUAAAUGUCACAUCCAACCUUGAAUUGAAGAGGUUGCUGUAAAUUUUAUGUAAUGUCUUAACCAUUUUUUACACUUUUUUUAAAAAGCCCCUUCUCUGAAAGCAACUUGUAUUAAAUGCUGUGACGACCAUGUAUUCCUCUGAUGGGGCACUCAUGUAAUGUUGGCUCACAUGACAAACUGUCUAUUUAAUAGCAUGUUUUCAUAUCAGACCAUAUUGUGUAUGUGUAUAUACUUUUUAAUGACAGAGAAAUUGGGCAACUCAUGCAAUGCUGCUGCGUAUAGUGUUUCAUUUUAAGGUUAUUUAAAUUUGCUACAAGCCAUAGCAGAUGAUAUUUUGGUAUCUGUAAGGUACGGUUUAGAUUUUUAAAAUCAGAGUUUUUAUGUACUCUAAAAUCUUUUAUUCAAUCCAAACCUCUUUUAAUAAACAUGAG